AUGGCAUACUCCCGAGAAGCUGUUGAAGAGAAGCUGGAUCGACUGGAUGAAUCCCAGGCAUCCAUCGUGGCAAUCGCACAAUGGUGUCUGUUUCACCAGCGGAAUGCCAAAGAAACGGUGUCCAUAUGGUCAGACGCGAUGAAGAAUACUCCAAAAAAACGGCUGGCUCUUUUCUAUCUGGCUAAUGAGGUGAUCCAGCAAUCACGUGCACACAGGCGAACUGAGUUCCUAAUGUAUUUCAGCGAGUUUCUACCGCCUGUUUUGGAAGAGGUUUUCCAGAGUCUGAAUGCCAAAGAUCAAGCUAGGUUCAAAAAGGUUAUUGGCGUAUGGAAAGAACGUGCUAUUUUCAGCGAUCGCAUUUUCAAGAACCUUUAUGGUGCAAUUGAGGGUGGAAAUCCUUCAGCAGUCAGUAUUGUGGAGAAAGCAGUCCAAAACGUUUCUAAGAAGAAGGAGAGUCCCAUUUCGGACGACGAGCCAGAUUUAGCUCCUGAGCUGAUUCCUGUGUCCAAUUUGUACAAUAAGUUGUCGACAAAGACCUCCAGCAAUACGGGGAAGCUUGUGAAGCAUAAAAAGUUGUACGAUGCUUCUUUCAAUUCGGAGCAUCUUCCAGCCCCAGACAAGUACAUCUCGCAAUUGGUAGAGCUGGAAAAGCUCAACUUAGUUUGUUCAAAUAACACGUUGGAGGCGAUAGAGGUGAGGAAAGAUAUUCUGGCAGCACUCAAUCGUCUGGUGGAGUCUCAGAAACAUUGGGUGGAAACCGAAGAGAAAAAGCUGGAGAACUUGCAGUUACAACUGAAGGCGACAAAGCAGAAACAGGACGAGCUCAAAGACUUCAUUGAUAACGAAAGCGGAGAGGAAGCUGGAGUGGUGAGCGAUGACGAUGAUGACGAUGCUCCACAGUACGCUGCUUCAGAUAGUGAUGACGAUGAUUCUGGUUCCAAAAGAAAGAACGUGUCUGUCGAACUGAACAGCUCAAACACCAAGAAAGCCAAAUUGGCGAGCGAGGAACUUGUCGUGGACGGAGACGAGCCAGAGUUGGUGACAAAGGGCUCAUUGACCCCAGAGCCAGAAGAGGGAUAUGAUCCAGGCGCAGACGAGGACAUCGAAGCCGAGCACAACAUUGAGGCGAACGAGGAGAUGAACACCGAUCUCGCCAACUUAUUGUCAAAGCUGACCUAA